CGCAGUUAAAUUUACUGGACAUCUCCACACCUAAGUUAUUCACGAGAAGUCCGCCGAAACAAAAACUCAUCUAAUCAUAUUUAAAACGAAAUUGACUAAAAAUGUUUCAAAAUCUAGUGAUGGCUGGAUUAACUCCAUUAUGCAACACAAAUGAGAUUCAAGACUGGGAUAACAGGCCAUUCAACGGAAAAUGGCCUGAAAUUCAACGUAGUUCUGUCCGAGGUUCUGAAGUAAAAAAAACAAUCAGGAAGAAACCCAAGCGAGUUCGCACGGCCUACUCAACCGAGCAGAUUCGAGCGUUAGAGAAGAUAUAUACCACCACCAAAUACAUCGAUGCCAAGCGCCGCAAGGAACUCGCAGGCACCCUCAACAUUGGAGACAAGGCUCUCAAAAUAUGGUUCCAGAACCGGAGAAUGAAAGAAAAGAAGGAAUCUUCGGAAUCCAGCUGCGACACCUCAUCCGAUAUUGUAAGCUGCCGGUCUCCGAUACUAACAAAUGAUUGCGUGGAGCAAAAUGUCGAAGCGAAUAUUCCUUACCAAAAUCACGGAGUAUCUUACGAACCUGAACAGUAUCAGUUUCCUACUUUCUAUUACCAAGAUAGCGCAACUGGUCAAUGUUAUCAAAAUGGAUAUAGUAAUGGAUAUGGCUGUGAGCCAUAUUCUCUCAGUUUCGGUGUUGAUACUUGUGUGUAUCCGACUCAGUAUUAUCCUAUAGAUAACAACUAUAACAACGUAGAAUUUAACGCUUAUAAUCAAGCUCAAAAUGCUUAUGAAAUAGAUAGUUGGUUUCCAAAUUCGUAUGAUUUUAACUGCUUUAACCUGCAACAAGCUUAACUUGUUUUACAUAGGUAGAAUAGUAAGUGCUGCCAGUGAUAUUAAAGAACCUUAUUGUAAAUUUAUUUUUAUUAUAAUUUAAUUUGUUUAUAUUGGUGUGCCCAUACGUUUAUCGCCACCUUUUUUUAUAACCUACUUCUAAUUUUGCGUACAAUACUGAGUCUUUUAUAAUCAUAAUACCAUUUCAAUUUGGAAUGUAGGGAAGUAUAUAAAAGUUCAUAUGAACAUAAUAUAUCUUUUAUAUUAAUUAAAUUUUCAAGCAUGCUAUUUAUUAUCUUGCGGUUAUUUAUUAGUAAACGUAGCAUAUAAGUAAAAAAGUAUGACAAUUUUAUUAAUAUAUUAAAUUAAAGUACCGUACUUACACUUCCUACCGAAGUUCUUUUAGGUACUACCCAGUAUGCCAAAAUUACAUUUUCCAUUAUUUAAUAAGUUAAUUUUAAAUUAUUGUUAACGAAAUGUAUUAUUAGAAGUUCCUAAUUAAUUUAUAAAAAUCGUUCAUAAGAACAUAUAGUCUUAUAUUUAUUUCACGCAUGCUAUUUAUUUUCUUUCGGUUAUUUAUUAGUAAACGUAGAAUAUAAGUCAUUAUAUAAAAAUAUAAAUAGCUACGUCAAAUACUGUCAAAUACUUGAUGGUAGGUAGAAUGUUUUAUAUUAUUACUAUUUAAUCAAUGAUGUGCAUACACUUCGUUUUGUACGAAGUUCUUUUAUUAUUAAGGCACUACUAUGCACACCAGUAAUUUACUUUUUGAUAUUUUAUAGCUUUUAUUUAACAUAAAACGUCAGAUGAAAUGUAGCUAUGAUUAUCAUAAAAUGUACAAAUAAUAAUCAAAUAAUUUAAGAAUAACGAGUUUCUAUGUAUAUUGUUUAUUUCUAUUUUCUACUUUUGCUGACAUUCUGCUUUUUGUAUCUUUGACAUGCUUUUCUAUUUUGCUAGUAACAACUUUUACUGAAGUUUUUUUCUGUACCUAUAUGUUCAUUUUGAAUAUAAAAUAAAAUGUUUUUGAUGUUUUAAUAAAUAAAAGUAGACUUUGGAAA